AUGUCGCAUCGGAUAUCGCCAAAGACGCGGGUCGUGUUCAAGUUCAUCUUCGGGCUUGGCAUCUGGUCGUUCCUGGUGCUGGGGUUCUUCAAGCUGAACGGCGACCCGGUGAUGCAGCACCAGUUCCAGCAGACGCCCAUCAACGGCCGGUUGCUGCUGAACAAGGACAACCGAUGGACCGGAAAUGAGGCCACCUCGACCACGACCGAUCGCUACCUCUCGCCGGCCGGGUUGGCCGGUGCGAUGGCCGGCGUCGACGAGGUGCUCGUCGAUAAUCGUGCUGUGAUCGACGACGAGCAGCUGGUGCGAGAUGUGGAGUCACGGCUACCCUCACUGCCGAUCGCCUACUGGAGCAAGCACAAGAACGUCGUGCAGAAGAAGGCAACAUGCGCCCGGUACCCGUCCAUCUUCGAGCUCGAGUUUAACAACAUCUACUGGCAGACGUUGCGCAGCUCGAACGGGACGUUUCAGCUGUUCGGUGCGUACUACGACAUUCGGAAGCGAUCACGCAUCGGGCCAGCCGUGCGCAUCCUUGGCAUGAUCGAUCGCAUCGAGCCACGCGUCAAGACGUUCUGUCAGCUGUGGUUUGACGGCCAGAAGGAGCCGUUCAUCGUGAAGACGUUCGAGUACAAGUACAUCUGGUUCAACAAGUGGGGCAACUACAAGCAGGGCAUUUACCAGCCGUACCUGAUCGCAUGCCAGAUCCCGAAACCAUUCCGUGGCCUUGUUCCGGCCUCGGUGUCGCUGGUCGAGAAGCAGUGCGAUACGGCCACGAACAAUCUGCGCGUGCUGUACAACCGGCCGCUGGAUGACGAGAAGCGUGGCUUUGCCGUGUGCGUCAAGGGUUUGGACUUUCUGUACGAUGACCUAUCGGUGCGGUUGGUCGAAUGGAUCGAGCUGCUCGGCAUGCUCGGUGCGGACAAGGUGUUCUUCUACGAGCUGCAGGUUCACCCGAACAUCUCGAAGGUCCUGCGGUACUACGAGGAGCAAGAUCGCGUCCACGUGACGCCCCUGACGCUACCGGGUGGACAACCGAACGUGCCCGGGUUUCAGCAUCUGUUCCUCUCGAAGAAAACGACACACAAGCGCCAGAACGAGCUGAUCCCGUACAACGACUGUCUGUACAAGAACAUGUACAAGUACAACUUCAUCGCGCUGCUUGACAUCGACGAAGUGAUCAUGCCACGCCGGCCCGAGGAUCGCACCUGGCACGAUCUAAUGGAGCGUGUCCUGCCGAAAGGAGCGAAGCUGAAGAACGACACCUACCCGAGCUACAACGUGCGCAAUGUGUACUUCUUCGAUCGCGGUGAUCAGCACGAUCACGAGUGGGCGAAAGACACGCCACGGUACAUGCACAUGCUGCAGCACGUGACACGGGCAAAGAACUACACCAAACCGAACCAGUACGUUAAGUGCUUCCACAACCCGGAGCGGGUGCUGACGUUGCACAAUCACUUCCCGAUCGCGUGUCUCGGUGGAACGUGCCACUCGUACCCGGUCGCGACGGAGGACGCUCAGCUGCAGCACUAUCGGGCGGAUUGCGUGCGCACGCUGAAGAAAAGCUGCGAGGAGUUUAAGGAGAAUCAGGUGCGCGACACCACGAUCUGGAAGUACAAGGACGAGCUGAUUGCGCGGACUCGCCGCACGCUCGAUUUGCUUGGCUUCUUUAAAGCGCCCUCUGGUGGUGGGGCUGGGGCGACUGGAUCGUUGCUGCGCGGUGGCAAGGACUCGCUGUACAAGCGGUGA